AUGUCAGGGUAUGAAGGAGAUGGUACAACUUGUGUAGGUGGGAGAUGUUUCCCUGUUCAGGUACAAUAAUCAGGCUUUGCCUCUCGUUCUCUAUGGCAAUGCACCAAUAGGUUUAAGGAAGAGAGGUUUUUGUGGGUUAAAAGCAACAGAUAAAGAGCUUCAUUGGUACAACCUGAAACGAUCAUGCUCCUCGAAAUUAUUGCUCCUUCACAGGAUUUUAUAGAUAUCGACGAAUGUGCAUUACCAGCUCAUAACUGUCAUGGAGUUACUUAAUGUUUCGACAAUCCAGGAUCCUUCAGCUGUGAGAGCCAAGAAAACUACAUUGGUGAUGGCAUAUCAUGUGAACCCGUUAGUAAGAAUUAUGUCAAAUUUCAGUAAAAGAAUAUUUAGCUGAUAAUUUGUUUUUAUCAUUUUUUUUCAUUAAUUCACUCUCGAGAAUUAUAGCAGAAUGUUAUUAGGAAUAUUCUCCAGAAAAUGAGGACACGACUUUGCUAAGCCUUCCAGGUUGGAUACCUCUUUCCCUCAAUACUACGUGGCCUGAUGCUCUCCAAAUUUGCCCUAAGCCUUGAGGAUAUCAGUCAGCAGCAGAACUUGGCAACGACCCUAUUCUAGCGUUGUACAACUCCUAUGAAGGGGGUGGUUAUGCAGCAGUCAUGGGAUACGAUGGAAGCACUGCAAAAGGCGUCCUUAACGAGACUGUUACUAAUGGAUGGCUUGGUCGCCGAACUCGAGUUGUAAUUCUAGAGUUUGCUGUUUUCAUUGUCAAUACCAUCUUGAUUAGCGUUGCCACAUAUUUUUACGCGGCCAUAUAUACUGGUGCAGCCUACACUACAAGGAGAAUUGAAACACUGGAGUUGUACAGCACUGAGUCAGGAGCUCUGAUGUUUUCCUUAAUUGGCCAGUUUCUGUUCAUGGCAAUGGUCCUCUUUUACUUCAUAGUUAUGUUAGUUCACCUUUAUCAACAACGCUUAGGUUUCUCAAGUCUGUUUGGAACAUGGUGGAUUUCUUCAUGA